AACAAUUAUUGCAAAGUCUCAGUUGAACCUGAGUAACACACAAAUGUCUAAAGGAAACUCUCAGCUUAGAUAUUUCACAUUAAUCCUUCAAAUCAUAUUUCUGCAAACAUCCAAUGCUUGGAAGAUCAACUGUCCUGAUUCUGCCUGUGGCGAUAUCCGUAGCAUAAAAUACCCUUUUCAUUUAAACACUGAUCCAAAACAUUGUCGUGUUUUUUCAGGAUUUGAAUUAGCUUGUGAAGGUAACCAAACCGUUAUAUGGUUAUCCUCCAAGAAGUUGCAUGUUCAAGGCAUCGACUAUGCUAAUAACACAAUUCAUUUGGUAGAUCCGACUUUACAAACACAUGAUCUAUGCUCUCUCCUACCUUCUAAGCUUAACUUUCAACAAUACGGUAAUUUCUUCUGUCGAUACUAUUAUGCAUCACGGUAUAGAGUAGCCACGCCCAUUUUCAUGUUCAAUUGUCCAUCUAAAGCUGAUGUUUACAGCUUCGGAAUGCUGCUAAUGGGAAUGUUGGACUUGAAUAGAAAUGAAGUUGCAAAUGAAGAGAAUUCCAGCCAAUAUUUUCCUUAUAAUAUUUACGAUAAGUUCAACAAGGGGAAAGAGAUUGUGGUAGAUGAAGAAGCGAAUGAUGAUGAAAAGAAGAUGGCUAGAAAGCUGAGUUUGGUUGCGUUAUGGUGCAUACAAACAAAUCCGAUACAACGCCCUUCAAUGAGUAAAGUAGUACAAAUGCUUGAAGGCGAAGUUGAAGCGCUAGAAGUACCUCCUCAGCCUCUUCAAUCUCCACCGAUUGUCCAUCAGAUCAUGGAAAGUUCUACGACAUUAUCGUCUGAUUCAAUAGCUUUGUUAGAUAAUUCCGUGGAGGUAGACAUUUAUGCUGAUUGAUUAUAGUUGAUGUAAUGUUUAUGUGAAAUAAACAUAGCAAACCAACAAUGUUUGGGACAAAGAAUUGUGUUGUUAUUGUUGUACUAGUUAUAUUAAUGACAUAAUACAUAAAUAUGCCCUUUAA